UCUCCGGCACGUAGCCGCUCGUGACGUCAUAAUCACGCGCCCCAAAACCAACUGGCUGAUUCCAGCGCCUUGUGGAGUAAAAGGAGCAAUAACAACAACAACAACAACGUCUUUUUUAAAUUAAUAACUGUGGUCGUCUACGUCGUCUGCAAUACUCAAACAUUUGGAGCUGUCAAAGAUACAAGUUGUGUUGUCACCCUUCUUGGCUGUCCAACAGCAGUCUCUGCCUUCGCAGACAUGACAGACACCAAGCGCCUCGCCUUCUCCAUCAUCCGCUUCCUCCACGAGCAGCUCGAGUCAGGGAAUCUGUCAUCGGGAGCCCAGGAGAGCCUGGAAGUGGCGGUCCAGUGUCUGGAGACGGCGUUUGAAGUAUCCAAGGAUGACCAGAGCCUUGCUGUCCCCCUAACGUUACCUGAGAUCUUCGCUGCCACCGCUGGCAAGUCGCAGGUCAACAACAACACCACAGCAAAUUCAAUCAGCGACGAGGAGAAAGCAGAGGCCGAAAGACUCAAGACGGAUGGUAAUGAUCAAAUGAAAGUGGAGAACUUUUCCGCCGCUGUCGAGUUUUAUUCCAAAGCCAUCACCAUCAACCCUCAGAACGCCGUCUACUACUGCAACAGAGCGGCAGCACUGAGCAAGAUGGGAAACUACGCAGGGGCGGUGCAGGACUGCGAACAGGCCAUCAGUAUCGACCCAAGCUACAGCAAAGCUUACGGCAGGAUGGGGUUGGCCUUGGCAAGUCUCAACAAGCACACAGAGGCAGUGUCGUUCUACAAAAAAGCUCUAGAGCUGGACCCUGACAACGACACGUACAAGUCCAACCUAAAGAUCGCAGAAGACAAGAUGGACACCACUAGUCCCACGGCGGGAAUAGGCGGAGUGGACCUGGCUGGACUGCUCAGUAAUCCUGGUUUCAUGAACAUGGCGUCAUCGCUAAUGACCAACCCUCAGGUCCAGCAAAUGAUGUCAGGAAUGAUGUCUGGAGCGUAUGGUGGGAUGGGUGGUGGUGGUGGUGGAGGAGGAGGAGCAGCAGCAGCAGCAGCAGGAGGCGGCGGCGGAGUCCCGGGGGGUGCAUCAGCUGGAGAUUUAUCAGGACUUAUCCAAGCAGGUCAACAAUUUGCACAGCAGAUGCAGCAACAGAAUCCAGAACUCAUCGAGCAGCUCAGGAGUCAAAUCCGCAAUCGGACGCCCAGCGCCGGCAACGAGGAGCAGCCAUGACACGCUGGGUUUCUUGUCACUUGGACCGUUGUUGUAACUGGAAAGACUCAAAGGACAUCGUUUCAUUACUGAAGAAUUCCUGCAUGAGAGGAGCCUCCACACCGCCACCAACCACGCCCUGUGAAGGAAGCCCCUCCCACUUCGUGCGUGCGUCUGUCAGUUGAGGUAGUCAUGGAGGCAGUGAGCUGGUUCAACAAUUAAAGAACGUUUUGUGUCUCUG